AUGACGCAAACCGUCGUCCUAAUCACCGGUGCCAAUAGGGGAAUUGGCAAGGGCCUUCUUGAACUCUACCUCCUCAAACCAAACCAUCUUGUUAUCGCUGGGAACCGGGACCCUGAGCACGCUACAUCCAAAGCGCUCGCUACACUACCAACGGCAGAUGGCACCCGUUUGUUAGUUAUCAAGAUUGAUGCCACGGUCCCCACCGACGCGGCAGCUGCAGCCAAGCUUCUAGCCAAAGAUGGAGUUGAUUAUAUCGAUAUUGUCAUCGCCAAUGCGGGCGUGGCAUAUGUCUAUCCAAAGGUUUCGGAAGUCAAAACCGAGGAUAUGCAGCGCCAUAUAGUGCCGAAUGUGUAUGGAAACGUUUGGCUUUAUCAAGCAAUGCUGCCGCUGUUGAAGAGAAGCGAGAAGAAGAUGUGGGUUAGUAUUGGAUCUAGUGCAGCAUACCUUACGGUUGUACCCUCAGCUGUAGAGUCUUCAGGGUCCAAAGCUGUCAAAGAUGCCUCUUCAUGGGACUCCAAAAACAUGAUCCCUUUUCAAAAUGCAGCGUAUGCACCAACCAAGCUUGUGCUUCAUUGGCUUACCAAGGCUAUGCACAUGGAAGAGCCAGAGCUUACCGCAUUUCCGAUUGAUCCAGGAUGGGUCCAGACUGACCUUGGCAAUCACGCCGCGCAUAGCUUCAACAUCGAAAAGGCCGCGAUCACCUCCGAGGAAAGUGUUACCGGCAUGGUCAAAGUCAUCGACGUAGCAACUCGAGACAGCCAUGGUGGCAAGUUGUGGGAAUACAAUGGAGUAGAGGUCCCAUGGUAG